UAAAUACCAAUACAAACAAAAAAUUUAAUUUAAAAAAACGAGAAAAGAAAGGGAAUAAUGGUUGGAAAAAAUCAACAAAAAAAGUUUUUUAUUCACUUAAUAAUACGAUUGUUUUUUUUAAUACUGUGGAUUAUUUGAAAAAAUCGAAUAAUUCCUUUCACAAGCGAUGAAAUUUUAAGAUUCAGAUAAAAUUAAAACACUUACAAACAGUUCUUAUUAAGAAGCAGUUAUUGGUGGUAACAUUUUUUUCUGAAUUGUCUUUUCACAAACGUUAAGAGCAUAUUCAAUGAAAUUUUUUGUAACUAAGAUUUGUAGAAAAAUUUCCCAAAAAUUAAGCAGGACCUAACUAACUAUGGCUGUGGAACAUUUCUAUUUUAAGGGUUUUUUAUUAUUUGUGUCUUAUUUAGUAUAGAUUUUUCCUCUCUGAAUAUUUAAUCUGAAACUUUGUUCCUCUUAAUUGGUGUGUUGAAGUUUUACAGAAACACUGAUGCAUUUUUGAUUAGUCGUGAUAAUAAGUAGGUAAAUCUGAACAAUAAAUUCCAGUACAAAUCCACCGCUUUCCCAAAAUGCCUCAAGCCCAAAAAGACGCCUUUUACUUCGUCAUUGACUGUUACAACAAAAGUGGCCUCCGUAAAACCUCCCCUAACCUCCGAAAAUUGGUAUCAAUUUACCUCCUUUUACCCCUCCUUUUCAUCCUCUACUCAAUGAUAAUUAUCAACAUCCGUUACAAAAACGCCAACAUUUUCGAAAUCGCCGAAGUUUUCGAAGCCGUCUCAACAUUCGGACAAGUACAACCCCCUUUCAACGACCCAAAAAACCUCAAAAUUUUGCAGCUAGUGGCCCGAAAAUCGCUCCUGCUCCUCCACCGUUCCCUCUUCGAAGAAAUCAUCCAAGACCGCUCACAUUUCUGGAGUUACGACUCUUUCGGGGGAAAAAUCGGGGACAAGUACCGGCAAGAAAUGCAAUUUUCCGUUUCUUUGAUUAAAAAAAUGUGGUAUGCCAGUGUAUGGUCUCUAGUUUUCCACUUUUGCACCCCGUUUUUUGUCACAAAUGCUGUUUUACCCGACGCCUGUUGGAUCCCAGUGGACAGUAAAUGUUUGGUGAUUUUUCUCUACGCUUUGGAGAUGGUGUUCUACAUCGAGGUGAUUUUCCUGCUGGGGUCCUUUGACGCCUUUUUCCUGUGCAUGUGUACGGAGUUGAAGAUACAGUUCAAUUUGUUGAACCGAACUCUUGACAAACUUCAAACUAACCCAGAAACAACGGACGAAAUGUGGCUUAAAACGCUCAAGAAGUGUUCAAGGCACCACUGUUUCAUUCUCAAGUAAUUGGUUUUUUGUCCCACUGUGAUUAUAAUUUUAUUAUAGGGUUCACGCGAAAUUGAACCGUUUUUUCUCGGAGUAUUUCGUCUGCCAAUAUCUCAUCAAUGUUGGGGGUGUUUGCAUACAAUUUUUCAUCAUAAGUAACGAGUGAAGUUUAGGGAAAUUAACCCCAUUUUUUUCUAAUUCAUAAUUUCAGGUCUUCAAAUCUUACGCAGAUUUUGAGGAGUGUCGUUUAUAUUUUGAUUGCAAGUCUUUUAGGGGCUCUUAUUUUUCUUCCCUCAAGUGCUAUCGAGGAAGAGGUGGAGGCGAAUUCUCGUAAUUAUUACGCAAAUUAUCGUUGGUUUUAGGCCGAAAAGUUUGAAAAUAGAAUCUAUGAUAUUGAAUGGCAAAACACCAAAGACUUAAAUAUUCGAAAAUUUAUAAUUUUUUGGUUGAUGAAGGCCCAAAAAUCGAUUCAUAUGACAGGGGCUGGAUUGUUUCAAGUGAACCGAAAUGUGCUGAUACAGGUCCAUAUUUCGCUUGGAAAAUGAUCAAAUAACAGUUUAACUUUAUUUCAGAUUCCACGUCUAGCGUUUUCUAUCGCGACAAUUUUAAGUAAUGUUAAAUAAUUUUACCUUAAAUAAUAACCUUAAUUAAAUAAUGUUAACUUGCAAUGAUUGGAAUUUUUGUGAUCAUUUUUCUUAGAAAAAAAUUGAAAAUAAUACUGCUUUCUACUACCAUAAUAUGAUUUGAAAAAUAAUACCCAAAAUUUAAAAUACAUUGAUUUGGCUUCAUUUUCAACCGAAUCUCUUAAUGUUGGGCGUUUCAGCUUUUACAAAAAGUUUCGGAAAAUCGGGGGAAAAAUUAAGACCUUGCUUGUGUCCAGUGUUGGUAUUUAUUGUAAUUCUGUGAUCAGGUUGAUUGCCUUGUGGGCUUGAGCCAAAUUGCGAUUUUAUUUUGCGGAACAAAUCGGUAAUAAAAUUUGUGAUAGUGCGAAAUGAGAAUUGCGCGGAUUAUUGUAGGUAUUGUGGAGUGAGGUCAUAGGCAUUUAAUUUUUUGUGCCUUGCGGUUACUUUUUCGAGGUUUGUGAAUUUGAAUAAAUACUCAAACUUGUAACAAUUCGUGACAAGGAUUCCAGUCAAGAGUAAUUUUUUAAUCGCUUAACGUAAUUGUAGAUUUAGUUGUGUCUAGACUUUCGUAUCAAGUGCAAUGACGAACACUGUAGUCAUUUUAGCUAUCUUGUGGCUUUUCUGUGGAAUAAAUUGUACAAAAGAUUUAAGCUAUGAGAUUGCUCCGUCCAUUACAUACAAAUAUAUUCUUAGGCCGACCAUUCCACCGCAGGAAAUUUGGUGGAAACGCGGGACGCACCGAAGGCGGGAUAACAAUAGGGGAUAUGAAGUUGUUUAUCCAUAGCUUGGUUUUUUAUUAAGUAAAAAAAUUAUGAAUUUACAUUGUGGUAAUAAAUAUUCCCAUCCAAAAAUGGAAGAUCUUGCACAAGGUCAAGUAACCACUAAAACUAGGCACUGUGACGAGGAAAAUGUUUUAUUUGUAUUUGUCAAAGUGGUAGUUACCAGAAAACGCACUGAAUAAAUCAUGAUAUGAAAUGAAAUUUGUUUUAUUCAAAUGACACUAUUUUUAAAUAAAAAAUGCUUGAAAACAAAUGAUUUUUGUGAGACUUACUCACUUACUGAAAAAAAUUACCGAGAAAUUUUCGAAAGUAUAGUGGAACCUCGAUAAUCCGAGCAAAAAAAGCUUAUCUUCGUUGACACUAAUUGUGACAAAUGACACUAAUUUUAUAGAAAAAAUGCUUGAAAGCAAACGAUUUUUGCGAGAUUUAUUUACUUACUGAAAAAAAAUUACAGAGAAAUUUUCGAAAGUACAGUGGAACCUUGAUAAUCCAAGCUAAGAAAAGAAAAGCUUUGUCUUGUUUUACUUAAUUGACACUAUUUUUAUAGAAAAAAUGCUUGAAAGCAAACGAUUUUUGCGAGAUUUAUUUACUUACUGAAAAAAAAUUACAGAGAAAUUUUCGAAAGUACAGUGGAACCUUGAUAAUCCAAGCUAAGAAAAGAAAAGCUUUGUCUUGUUUUACUUAAUUGACACUAUUUUUAUAGAAAAAAUGCUUAAAAGCAAACGAUUUUUGCGAAAUUUAUUUACUUACUGAAAAAAAAAUUAGAGAAAUUUUCGAAAGUAUAGUGGAACCUCGAUAAUCCGAGCAAAAAAAGCUUAUCUUCGUUGACACUAAUUGUGACAAAUGACACUAAUUUUAUAGAAAAAAUGCUUGAAAGCAAACGAUUUUUGCGAGAUUUAUUUACUUACUGAAAAAAAAUUAGAGAAAUUUUUGAAAGUACGGUGGAGCCUCGAUAAUCCAAGCGAAGAA